AUGGCGCAGGGCUUUGAUCGAUCUUGUUCCUACACUCUUGGACUGCCCAGGUCAGGUCCCUCAGAGGGGUCUGCUCGGCCCGAGUGUGACCGAACUGCUUCACCUCCCUUGGCUCAGCCAACAGCCCCUUUCAACAUCUGCAUGAAUUUUGUUUCAAAGUACUUGGCCUGCUCUGCACAUGCUGUGUUCUCCUGGAAUGCCAAAGGAGCCGUUAGUGAGGCCUCUCGAGUGAUGGUGGCAUCACGUAACUACGGAGACUUCGCAAGUGAAGCUAAGUUUGAGAUUAAGCAAUGUGACCUGCACCACCUGGAGGCAGGCCCGCCCACCACGGCGGUGAUGACGCGGGAGGAGGGGCUGCAGUACUACAAGACCAUGCAGACCAUCCGCCGCAUGGAGCUCAAGUCUGACCAGCUCUACAAGCAGAAGAUCAUUCGUGGCUUCUGCCACUUAUAUGAUGGUCAGGAGGCUUGCUGUGUGGGGAUUGAGGCUGCCAUAAAGCCCACAGACCAUGUGAUAACGGCGUACAGAGCCCACGGCUUCACCUACACCCGGGGGGUGCCUGUCCGGGAGAUCCUCGCUGAACUCACAGGUCGAAAAGGAGGAUGUGCAAAGGGAAAAGGAGGAUCAAUGCAUAUGUAUACCAAAAACUUCUAUGGAGGCAAUGGUAUUGUUGGUGCUCAGGUUCCUCUUGGAGCUGGGAUUGCUCUGGCCUGUAAAUACUUUGCUAAAAAUGAAAUCUGCGUGGCCUUGUAUGGGGAUGGUGCAGCCAAUCAGGGCCAGAUAUUUGAAACCUACAACAUGGCUGCCUUAUGGAAGUUGCCUUGUAUUUUUGUCUGUGAGAACAAUCGGUAUGGAAUGGGAACAUCAGUUGAAAGAGCUGCAGCCAGCACUGACUAUUACAAAAGAGGAUACUUCAUUCCAGGUCUCAGGGUGGACGGUAUGGAUGUGCUCUGUGUCCGAGAAGCAGUAAAGUUUGCAGCUGAGUACUGCAGAUCUGGAAAAGGUCCUCUUGUGAUGGAGUUACAGACAUAUCGUUACCAUGGCCACAGUAUGAGUGACCCUGGAAUAAGCUAUCGUACUAGAGAAGAAAUUCAAGAAGUGAGAAGCAAAAGUGAUCCCAUUACUUUGCUGAAGGACAGAAUGGUCAACAACAACCUUGCUAGUGUUGAAGAACUAAAGGAAAUUGAUGUGGCAGUAAGGAAGGAGAUUGAGGAAGCUGCUCAGUUUGCUACCACUGACCCAGAGCCUCCCCUGGAAGAACUGGGUCACCACAUCUACUUCAAUGAGCCACCCUUUGAAGUGCGUGGCCCAAACCAGUGGAUAAAGUACAAGUCUGUCAGCUAAAGGCUUUUUUUAUGGGUGUAACUUAUUCUUAUGAAUAAGUGAAUGCAUUUACAGGAACUAUAUAAACAACUCUUAAGCUUAUUUAAGAGCUCUUUCAAAAGAGGAAAUGUGUAAGGAAAUCCAUCUGAGUAUGGAAUUUCUUAACCGUGCUGAAUGUUUCAGAAGAAGCUAAGUCGAAAGUGGUUUAUUUAAAGUGCUAUAUAUUUGCUUUACUGACUUUCUUUGGAUCGCUGUAUGUGUUAAGUACAGUGUAAAAAGAAAAAUAAAAAUUAAACUUUACCAACCUUUA